CUAGUCCCCGGAAGGAGGAGGAGCGCCGCCGGUCGGCUGUGGGUACCUGGGGCGGAGGCAAAGGCGGAGGCAGAGGCGGAGGAGCUUUGAAAGAAGCUUAAGUGAAAAUGGUACAUGUUAGAAGACAUGAAACAAGGAAAAAUUCUAAAACUCAAGAGCGUGAGCAGAAAUCUCGGGUUGAUUGGAGGCGGACUAAAAGAAGUAGCAUCUCACAGUUAUUUGAUAGUGACGAAGAGCUUGACAGUGAUGAAGAGUUUGACAGCGACAAAGAGCUUGACAGUGAUGAAGAGCUUGACAGUGAUGAAGAUCAUGAUGGUAACAAUGGGUUUGAUAGUAAUAAAAAGCUGGAAAAUGAAAGAGAACUUAGAUUAAUUAAUGUUGAAAGUGAUGGUAGUAAUUGUGAGCAUCUCGUGAACACUGGCAACAGUUCAACAUAUGAAGAAGAAAAGAACAAAAACAAACAUAGAAAUACUGACUUACUAGAUCAUGAAAAGCAUUCAAAUCAAGAGGAGGAGGAUCUCAACACACACCUCGGACAAAUACUAGAAGAGGACUUAGACGAAGAACAUAUCAAACGAGGGAAGAGAAAAAGGAUCUCCUCUGUUAUGUAUGACAGUGAUGAGAGUGAUGAUAGUGAUAUCCUAGUUAGAAAAAUAGGUGUUAAGCGUCCACGUAGAGUGGUUGAAGAUGAAUGUUCUUCAGUCGAGAUGGAGCAAAAAAAGCCUGAAAAAACUUUAGCUGCAAAAAAGAGAGAACAACUCCAGAAACUGAAAGAACUCUCAAAACAAAGAUCUCGUCAGAGACGCAAUAGUAGUAGAGAUUUUGAGGACUCUGAAAAGGAAUCCUGCCCAAGCAGUGAUGAAAAUGAUGAUGAGGAGGAGGAAGAUGAUUAUGAAUAUGAUGAAGAUGGAGAUGAUUAUAUUAUUGAUGACUUUGUAGUUCAAGAUGAGGAGGGUGAUGAAGAGAGUAAAAGCCAGCGAGGAGAAAAAUUGACUACAUCACAACUGAAAUUAGUAAAACAGAAUUCUCUUUAUUCUUUUAGUGACCACUAUACUCACUUUGAAAGAGUUGUGAAGGCUCUUCUGAUCAAUGCUUUAGAUGAAUCUUUUCUGGGAACAUUGUAUGAUGGUACCAGACAAAAAUCAUAUGCACAAGAUAUGUUGACAUCUCUCCAUUAUUUGGACAACCGCUUUGUUCAGCCUCGUCUAGAGAGUUUAGCUUCUAGAAGUCGUUGGAAAGAGCAAUAUAAGGAGCGGGUGGAAAAUUAUUCUAAUGUAAGUAUCCAUUUGAAGAAUCCUGAAAACUGUUCCUGCCAGGCCUGUGGAUUGCAUCGCCACUGCAAAUACUCGGUGCAUUUAUCAGGAAAGUUGUACAACACCAGGACUAUGGAAACAGAUGACUUCAUGUCACAUGAUAAACAGGUGUUUACUGUUGGCAGAAUUUGUGCUGAGCGUACCAGAAUUUAUCAUAAACUGAAACAUUUUAAGUUCAAGCUGUACCAGGAAUGUUGCUCCAUUGCAAAGACAGAAGAAGUUGAAGAUGAGCAGGUUAAAGAAACAGUGGAAAGAAUUUUCAGUCAGUCAAAGGAUAGUGGCUGGAUUAAGGAGAACAGUUCUUGUGACCCGAGAGUGAAGAAGCACCUGGUGCCAAUCUGAGGAAAGGAUCUCGGCUGCCAGUUCUAAUACCACCCACAUCCUCUUCUUGAGGACAUGGGCUGAGCAGUGAGCACUGUAACUGAAGAUCAAGGGGAAUGCAGAGGUUUCAGGCCACGGCACUGAUUUUGAUUCCCCCAAAUCCUGUUGAUCACUAAAUUUGAUAUCAGUGAUAAAGUGGGGGUUUUGAAGAGUGCACUGGAUUCCCGAAGAUCUGCUGGCAGCUCAUAAGCUCUGGUCUGCUCACAGAGCUUUUAGAAUUGCUUAUGGUACUUGGAAAGAAUGCUAAUAUGAUUGCAAUCUUCUAAAACAAGUCUAGUUAUGUGAAUGUAUGAGAGAAAACAUAUAGUAGAUUCGCAGGCAACUCAGAUCAACAGUAUAUUUAAUCUUAAAAAAAAAAAAAGACUGACUUAAGAUCUGUUGCCUGGGUUAUUUUUAUCAUAGGGAAUUUGUAAAAGAGGAAGAUAAAAAAGAAGAAAGCUUAGUGAAUAAACUUAUAAGCAAAGGGAAAGAAAAAGAGAACAAACAACAGGAACUUGUCAGGACAUGUCAUGUUCCGCAGAGGUCUCCCAGUCUGGACAGUGACAUCAGAACUGGUUUCCCUCUGACAAUUAUCCUCCUGCCACAAAUCCCACCUGGUGAUCUCUCUGCAUCUCCCCCACCCAAUCUGGACUUUUCUGUAGUCUUUCUCUCAUUUUACUCUCCUCAGCUUUUUAUCUUUUACUUUGCUUCUACUUCUCUCCCAGUGCUUUCCUCCCUGUCCUCCUCUGUGCUUUUCUAUUUGCUUUAGGGGCGUACCAUUACUUAUCCAGUAAGUCCCAUCUUCAUUUUCCAUGAUGGUGUGAAAUUCUUAACUGCUUUUAUUGGUGCAUUUAAGGGUUGCCAACCCUCUAGUGGAGUUGGACAACCUACUGGGUUGUCCUACUGGGACACCAUUUUUUAAAGAAUUGUGUACCAGGUAUAGAAAAAUCACUAUACACAUACUGUACAUAUUAUGUAAUAAUAGUAUAUAUUAAGAAGACCAUUAAACUUCUUGCAGAGAAAAACUAAAAACACUACUAGAUCAUGUAUUUUAGAGAACGAGUAACAGGGUUUCUAACAGAAGGAAAAUGGAAUAAAAAAAAAAAUAUUCUUAGGAGGAAAAAAGUCAAGUGUUCUAUUAAACUUCAAGAACAACACACAGUAUUGGGCAGUUAUUUCAAGUUCAUGCAUGUUUAGGACAAUGUGCACAUUUUUUCCCACAUGUAAUACCAAAGAGCUUCAUUUUCUUUUUGGGAUCCUUCCUGCUUUAAAAAUACUUGUCUAUGGAUUUUCCCAAAAGAUGUCCUAGAGACUAAAGUUUAGAGCCACUGUAAACCCAUAUGCAGCUUUCUGUGCUGUGAUUAAAAUUCAGAAUUUAUCAAGUGCUCUGACAUUUCGUAGCAUCACUCUGCCUGCCCCUCAGUGUCCUUGUGUGACACCAUUGUAUGUGCUUGUGACACACACCUUCUUCUUUGGCUGCAGGCUCAUGGUCAUAGCUACCCUAACCCUUCUGAAUGCCAGGGCUCAGUGCUGCUCCAGGGGCCUCAUCUGUGGCCCUUUUUCCUCUUCCUUCCUUCCUUCCUUCCAGAUCCCUCUAAACAACCUAUUCUUUUAUCUCAUACAAACUAUCUGGUCCUGGCUUUCCUCCUAGUUUGUUUUAUCCACCUUGCUUUUUUCCUUACCUGCUCCUCCCUCCUCCAAGUGUUUCUCUUCCAUUGUCUCAGGAUAUCUCAGCAUUUCUUCCCAAAGACCUGCCAACUGGACUGACUUCAUUCUUUCUGUUCCUUCUCCUAACAGUUGAGCUAGGAUGAUCUGUUUUUAACUUAGGAUGAUGUUAAAGGGUAGGAGCUACUUGAGUGUAAGAAAGGAAAAAGUGAUAAGAAAAUUAAAAUAAAACCAAAACCUAUAAUAAAUGUAAUAAAAAUAAUUGUCUCAUUCUAAAUUAGACUGGAAGAACAUGCUAUCAUAUGCCACUGACAAAAUUCUAACAGGUGUUCUUAUUAAGAAGAAAGUGAAUGUGAUGAUGGGAUUUCCAGAAAAGUUGAAGAUAGGGUUAUUGGGACGGGGUGGUGAAUACGUGAACAUCAGGAAGUGGAGAAAGUAGGUCAAUAAAAGUAUCAAGUCUCAGUUUUACAAUUAUAUGUAAAUUUUAAAUGUAUUACAUAAAGAUUGUUACAUAAGAAAGAAUUUUAAAUAAUGAUUUGAUAUCCCAUCCCUUCCUGAAACUCCUCAUGCAGGCUCUUCUUCUUUCCCCCUUUAAAACUUCUUUCCUUUUCUUUUUCUUUUGCUUCUUAAACUGAUGUUUCUCAAAUUGUGGCUUUAACUAUCUAUGUCAGAAUCACCUAGAAGUUUGUGGAAAUUGUGUAGUUCCUAGCCUCAUGGCAGUCCUAUUGAAUGAGAAUCCUUGGGUUAAACACCCAAUAUUUAACAAAUUAGGUGAUUCUUAAACAAAUUGAAGAUUGAGGGCCACUGCUUAAAGGUACGUUGUCACUCAAGGUUUCCUUCUCAGUCUGCCUUGACAAACCCAUUCCUUUCUUCAUGUCUAACUGCUGUUUCUGAACAGAAGACCCCAAACUCCUUCUUUUACAUUCUGACCUCUUUUCUCACACUCAUUUCCACAGUUCCAACUGUUUUAAUCAGUAGGUCCGACCUGGAAUUCGAAGGGGUUAACAAAUAAGAUCGAAACUCUCCAGAUUUUCAGUAAAAAAGAAUGAUGGAACCAGAAUCUUUAGGUGGAAAGAAUGACCAGGAAAUACGGACUGCCUUCUGAGUUUCACUUUUCCUUUGAAGGGCUUUCUUUUUUCUUACUAAAGCUGACCCCACCUCAUCCCCCUUUAAAUCUCAGAAAUAGCAUACUAUAAUGGUUAAAAGCAUGGAUUUAAAUAUUUUCUAGGAGUAGAAUUUGGAGGCAAGUUACUUUAUUUCUCUAAGUUUUCUCUUCAGCAAAAUGGAAUUAAAACAGUAAUAGAGUUUUGGUUGGAAAAUUAAGUGAUCAACACAUUUUAAGCAUUUAAUACUGGACCUAGUGAUUAAUAAGUGAUCAGUUAAUGUUAACUGUUAUUAGUAAUAAAAGCGAGGAGAGGUUUCCUUCCUUUUCUUAGUAUAGCUGGGAUAGAUUAUAAUUUUCCAGAAAAAAUUUAAUAAGAUAAAAAAGAAAGCAUAAAAAAAGUCAAACUUUUGGGGCCCCUGGGUGGCUCAGUGGGUUAAGCCGCUGCCUUCGGCUCAGGUCAUGAUCUCAGAGUCCUGGGAUCGAGCCCCGCAUCGGGCUCUCUGCUCAGCGGGGGGCCUGCUUCCUCCUCUCUCUCUGCCUGCCUCUCUGCCUGCUUGUGAUCUCUGUCAAAUAAAUAAAUAAAAUCUUUAGAAAAAAAAAAGUCAAACUUUUAAGGUCUAGGUUUCUAAUUCUAGAGUACUUUACUUCUAACUAGUAGAACCCAAGUUCUUCGUCAAAAGAAUCCCUAAGUAAUCCAAGGGUUAUUUCCCCUCCCGUUCUUUUCUUCAUUCUUUCCAGAGAAGGUGAUCCCAUCAGAGAUCUUCGAGGAGAAAAAAAUUUCAUGGCCCUGCCUAGAAGGAAAGCACACUCCUCCUAUACUUUUCCAUAGGAUCCUAUUACCACAAAAGUUAGGGUCAUCAGGAUCUCUCUUUUUCACUGGGAAUAGAACCAGAGUUCACAAGUAGAGAAACCAUUAGGUCAGUUAAUCUCCUCAACUGAAGUCAGCAGUUUGAACUUUCCAAAUCAUCUGUGGAAUUUCCAAAUCAUCCUGACUCUUCUCUUACCUUCUCCUACCCUGGUCUUGACUCUUCAUCUUCAGUGGUUGUCACUUGAAUUUGGAAUCUCAUUACCUAACUUAUUACAAUAGAUUCAUAACUAAAUGACAAACUAUUCUAGAAUGAUGUUUUACCAUUUUUCUUAAAAUACACCCCAGAUUAUGUCAAUCUCUGCCUUAACACUUUAGCAGUUUCACAUUGCCUGUCACAUUAUUGCUAAACUCCUUCACCUAGCAUUUCAUACUUUUUAUUCUGUGACUACCACCUCUUUGGUUCAGUUUCAUCUCUCUCCAUUCCCCCCAAAACCCCUCAAAUUAUAGUCAAACCCCAUACUUUCUUGCUUCUUUACUGUGGUAUGGACUGUUGCCCUUCUCCCACCAGAUCUUUGCCAACCAAAUCCUUUCUCCAACAGUUUAAGUGCUACUUUUUCCUGACCACCUCAACUAACCAUGGCUAUUCUUCUGAACCCCCAUACAGUGUCUAUAUAGUUCUUUAAGGCACUUGUUACUGGUGUAUUACCACUGAACUCUGGCCUCCUUAGGGACAGGGAAAGAAAUUUUUUUGGUAUCUAGACAGUCAUCAGAAAGUAUGCAAUAUAUGUUAUAUGUUCAACAAAUUUUUGUUGAAUAAGUUAUUGAAGUUGUUAUACUUCUAUAAAUAUGGUAAUUAAAAAUUAUAUUUUAUAAAAAUAUUAUGAGAUUAAUAAUAAUGUUCAGCUUUAUUUCUUUCCAAUACUUUAUGAGUUAGAAAUUCUUAUUUGAAAUUGUGUUCCUGUUAAUAAGAUUUUUUGUUCAUGAUUAUCCUGAAAUGAGAAGUGAACGUAUUCCUGUUUGUGUCUAUAGAUUGAAAAGGCCUACCUUAUUUUCUUUGCUUUGAGUAAAAUAACUAGCUUUUUUAUUAUAU